AUGCACAGAGCAUUUGUUAGGUCCAAAACCCUAAUUACCGUUGCUUCCAAUCGCAUCUUCUUCGCUCCACCACUACCCCUUUACUCGCAAAACCAAAAGCAACCAGCUUUUCACUUCAAUAGCAACAGCGGGAACACCCCUUUCGGGUCACCCACCCGAGUUCAGAAGCUGAUAGCUUCCCAAUCAGACCCACUUUUGGCCAAAGAAAUCUUCGACGUGGCCUCUCGCCAACCCAACUUCCGCCACAAUUAUUCCACGUAUCUCAUUCUCAUCCUCAAGUUGGGUCGCUCCAAACACUUCUCUCUCCUCGACCAUCUCCUCCGGUGCCUCAAAUCCGAUUCUCACCCCAUCACUCCCACCCUCUUCACUUACUUGAUCAGAGUCUACAGCGAAGCCGAUUUGCCCGACAAAGCCCUUAAAGCCUUCUACACCAUUCUCCAUUUCAAUUGCAGGCCUUUGCCCAAACACCUUAAUCGUAUUCUCGAGAUCCUCGUCUCCCACCGCAAUUACAUUCGUCCUGCGUUUGAUCUCUUCAAGGAUGCUCAUCGGUAUGGGGUGGAACCCGACACCAAGUCCUACAACAUUCUCAUGCGCGCGUUCUGUCUCAAUGGGGACAUUAGCAUUGCCUACUCACUGUUCAACAAGAUGUUCAAACGAGAUGUUGUUCCAGAUAUCGAGUCUUACCGGAUUUUGAUGCAGGCUUUGUGUCGGAAAAGUCAAGUGAAUGGUGCUGUUGAUCUUUUGGAGGAUAUGCUCAACAAAGGGUUUGUUCCGGAUUCUUUGACUUACACCACGUUAUUGAAUAGUUUGUGUAGGAAGAAGAAGCUCAGGGAGGCUUACAAGCUUCUUUGUAGGAUGAAGGUGAAAGGGUGCAAUCCUGAUAUUGUUCAUUAUAAUACUGUUAUAUUGGGGUUCUGUAGAGAAGGGCGUGCUAACGAUGCUUGCAAGGUGAUUACUGACAUGCGGGCCAAUGGCUGCUUACCUAAUCUCGUGUCGUAUCGUACUUUGGUGGGAGGUUUGUGUGACAUGGGAAUGCUUGAUGAGGCUAGUAAGUAUGUGGAGGAGAUGCUUUGCAAAGGUUUUUCUCCUCAUUUUGCUGUUGUUCACGCCUUGGUGAAGGGGUUUUGCAAUGUUGGUAGGGUUGAGGAUGCUUGUGGAGUUCUUUCUAAGUCUCUUGAGCAUGGGGAAGCUCCUCAUGUGGAUACUUGGAUGGUCAUAAUGCCUGUAAUAUGUGAAGUGGAUGAUGAUGGUGGGAAAAUUAGUGGUGCUUUGGAGGAAGUUCUUAAGAUUGAAAUAAAAGGACAUACUAGAAUUGUGGAUGCUGGUAUUGGUUUGGAGAACUACUUGAUUAGGAAGAUACGAGCCAACUCCAGAGUAUUCUAA